AUGGCUUCAGUGGAGUUCAUCCGGAUUUACACUGGCCUGGAUGAGCUCCUCCCGCCCCCUCCGCGCUUCCCGCUCGCCCCUCCCCCGCCGUGGAACCUGGGCCCGGCUCGUCCUCGCGCCGCGUCCCGCUCCCGGGAGCUCGCGCCCCCCCCGGGAAAGAUGUGGGGACAGGUCGGGCGUGCUGGCCCUUGGGAGCCGUGUCCAGACCGCAGCAGCUGCCAGUUGGGAACCAUCAGAGACAGAAAGAGACGUGGUAACUACACCAACACGCUCCGAGAGCUGGCUCAGAUGCUGCCUGUUCCUCUGCAUACCAGCUACAAAAAGCUUACCAAGAAGGAAAUCCUGUUGCGCGUCCUCCGCUACAUUGAGCAUCUGCAGGCGAGCAUCAGCACCGCCAGGUCCCUGCUCCGGUGUGGGGAGAAAGAAGAAUUUGGAGCGGGCGCAUCCAGAUGUGCGGAGAUGUCCGCCUGUCAGCGAGGGUGCGGAGACGGCACUCCACCCACCACCCCACGGAGGAGGAGAGCCAAACUCCUGAACGUUGGCAAGAAACCCCACAAAGGAAAGCGAUCCCGCAGAUCAGAGUGGCGGGAGGCGAACAAGGAGACGCGUCGGAGCCUGAGCCUGGUGGAAUCGCCCUGGCAGCCUGGGCAGCACAUGGAGGCAGAUUUGCAUGCGGCAGGCGAAGGGGCUGUGCUUUCUCUUGGCACGAAGCAGCUUCCAUUCCAGUUCAGCCGAAGGGACCUGGUGCUGGGGUCUCGCCGGUCCACAGGGAGUGCCUUCCUGGAGAGGGCCGAAGGCGGCGUUCCCAGCUGUGCAGCAGAUUGGUGCGUAGGGUGUGACCGAGAGGGGAGCCAGGAGGAGGAUGACGUCUGCUCUACCUGUGAGGCUCAGCUGAGUUACCGGGAUCAGCGUCGGUACGACGGGCCGGACCUUGCUCUGCUGGGGCAGGAGCUGGUGCAGUAUUAUUCCUGCGAGGAGGAAGAGGAGGAUGGGCUGGAUGCUGGUCCUUGGCUCUCAACCCAGUCCCCUGUGUGUAGUUCCCAUGAGAGCUUGCUCCUGUGCUCUCCCGGGAGCAGAGGCCAAAUCGGGGCUUGCUGGGCCAGUAAGGAUCUGGGCUUGAGCCCCUCACUGUUCUCCUCUCCUGGACGGCUGCUUCCCGGGCACGUUCUGCAGGGGGGGCCGGAGGAGCUGUCCCAAGGUUUGUUUGAGGAGGUAUGUCUGAGCCCAGACUCGGCUGGUUCCUCUGACAGCCUGGCUGGGACCCUGCUGAGAAAGACGCUUCCGGACACUCCACUGAACUCCCGCAAUCUCUUCCAGUCCGCCUUCUCGCUGGACCAUUGCUACCUCUCCUGCAGCGAGGCGAGUAAAACUGACUCCAGCCCCAGCUCGGGAGUGACGGAGUUCAUGGGCGUGUGGAGCGGGCAGCUCCUGCAGGAGGGUUCCAGCCCCGGACCGGCUCGCUCCGUGUCCUCCAGCGAGGAGAACAGCGACAGCACCUGGAUCCCUUACAAGCGGACAAACCCGCUGCCUGCUGCUGGCCGGAAGAGGAAGAAGGGGGAAGGCGGGCGGCAGCUGGAGGCCUCCAGUAAGUCCCGGUCCCCCUUGCAGCUGAAGAAGAAAUGCGUCAACGGUUUCAUCAUGUUCUGCCGGCUGAACCGCAAGCAGUACAUCCGUGCCUGCCCAGGGAUGGCGUCCACUGCAGCCACCAGGGAGCUGGCACAGCUGUGGCGCACCAUGACGAAGCAGGAAAGGAGGCCGUACUGCAUCAAGGCCCGGAGGUUCAGCAGGCUGAACAACCGCAUUGUGAAGCAGGACUUCUCCAGCGGGGGAGAGGAGGAGGAGGAGAUGGAGGCUCCUAAACCGUUUCAUCUGCUGCUGGCCGAGAAAUCCCUCGGCUCCUGGGACCGCUAGUCCUGCCCCGCUCACUCCAACACCCAGCCCUGGAGUCAGUGUGAUGGAUGGCAACACAGGGCCCCUCCCACCCGGCGUACUGGGGCCCCCAGCCCCUGAUGGGGCAUCUCCCUUCCUUUGGAGACGCCUGCUGCUCCAUCGAAAUGAACAAGGGUGCAUGGGAACAGACACAGGCUACAGCGUGCGUGUUGCCGUUGGGAGACCAGGCUUUGGGGUUUGUAGACUGGCCUCUGGUUUAGCUCUGGCAAGGAGAAAUUGCGGGUGGGUGUGGAGGGGUGGCUCAUGUUUUUAAUUAAAAUCCUAUUUAUUCUGAUAGUUUUCCGCCAUAACUAGACACCACUGUGCUGAUCAGAGAGUGCUGACCCUGGGUUGGCCAUAGAUCCGGUCAGUUCCAAACUGCCCUGUCCAACCAGCUAAAGGAGGGUUGCUUGGGCACAAGGGUAGCCGUGGUUAAGUGGAGGAUUGGAUCCCCCCAGAAUAAAACCACCUCCACCGAUUCAGGCCAGGCUUGUAUUGGAUUCUGUUCGUUGCUGGAAUAGUUUGACAGCUGUUGUAUGUAUGUAUUUAUUUAUUGGUUUUAGAAUAAAGCUCAGUUGUGGGUUU